GCAGCAGCCGCGACAGCAGCAGCAACAGCAGGAGGAGGCGGCGGCGAAGUCGGAGCUGGGGCAGGCGCUGCGGCGUUGCAGGGCUCGGCGCAGCUCCCAUUCAUUAAGUAACCAGCUGCGGAGGAAGGUGGCCCAGCGCCCGCGCUGCCCCCUCGCUCGCUCGCGCACACGGACACGCGCCCGCCCAGCGCGUCCGGAGCAGCCCAGCUCUGCAAAAGUUUCUGCUGGGGAUUUGGCUCCCUGCCCCUCGGACUUUCAAACCAUUUGGGGUUGAGAGAGGAAAGCAGAGGCGCGCAGGGGGGACAGAAAACACCACCAUCUGCAGUGGGAAGCGGGCAGCCGGGGCUGCACUCUUCGCCGCCGCGCCCCGAGUCCGGGCCGACCCACCGCUCUCCGCAGCAGCCUCGGCCGGGAGGCGACCCGGGCGUCUGGGUGUGUGGCUGCUGUCGCGGGGCGUCUUCGCGGGGACGGGAGGCUCGCGCCGCAGCCAGCGCCAUGCAGAACUACAAGUACGACAAGGCGAUCGUCCCGGAGAGCAAGAACGGCGGCAGCCCGGCGCUCAACAACAGCCCGAGGAAGAGCGGCAGCCGGCGGGCGCUGCUCAUCUGCCUCGACCUCUUCUGCCUCUUCAUGGCGGGCCUGCCCUUCCUCAUCAUCGAGACAAGCACCAUCAAGCCUUACCACCGAGGGUUUUACUGCAAUGAUGAGAGCAUCAAGUACCCGCUGAAAACUGGAGAGACGAUAAACGAUGCCGUACUCUGCGCUGUGGGCAUCGUCGUUGCCAUCCUUGCGAUCAUCACAGGGGAAUUCUACCGGAUCUAUUACCUGAAGGAGAAGUCCCGGUCAACGAUUCAGAAUCCCUAUGUGGCAGCCCUCUAUAAGCAAGUGGGUUGCUUCCUUUUUGGCUGUGCCAUCAGCCAGUCCUUCACAGACAUUGCCAAAGUGUCCAUAGGGCGCCUGCGUCCUCACUUCUUGAGUGUCUGCAACCUUGAUUUCAGCCAGAUCAACUGCUCCCAGGGUUACAUUCACAACUACACUUGCAGAGGUGAUGAAAGCAAAGUCCAAGAAGCCAGGAAGUCCUUCUUCUCUGGCCACGCCUCCUUCUCCAUGUACACUAUGCUGUAUUUGGUGCUCUACCUGCAGGCUCGCUUCACUUGGCAAGGUGCCCGCCUUCUCCGGCCCCUGCUGCAGUUCACCCUGAUCAUGAUGGCCUUCUACACAGGACUGUCCCGUGUAUCUGACCACAAGCACCAUCCUGGUGAUGUCCUGGCAGGAUUUGCUCAAGGAGCCCUGGUGGCCUGCUGCAUAGUUUUCUUCGUGUCGGACCUCUUCAAGACUAAGACAACACUCUCCCUGCCUCCCUCUGCCAUCAGGAAGGAAAUUCUUUCACCUGUGGACAUUAUUGACAGGAACAAUCACCACAACAUGGUGUAGGUGCCUGAGCUGUUUUUGUAAAAUGACUGCUGACAGCAAGUUCUUGCUGCUCUCCAAUCUCAUCAGACAGUAGAAUGUAGGGAAAAACUUUUUGCCCGACUGAUCUUAAAAAAGGAAAAACAAAAAAUCUUACUUUGUGGCCUUCCAAAAUAGGUAGUGUUCGCCUAUGUGGAAACAACAGCAAACUAACACCAAGUGCCGGAAUCCUGGAUGUGCAAUCGGUUUAAGUGUUCAUGUUCUAGUGAACACGGGCUUGUUCAGGAACAAACACUAACAUGAUUGGAGUAGAGUCUGCUGGUCACCUUUUGUGACCUGAGGAAUCCCAGGCCUGUGAGAAAAGCGCAAAUUCAUGUUGUAGCACACGAUGCCAGAAAUAGCACUGAAUCAAGAAAAUAGCCAUGGGGAGUUCCCCUCUUGUGUGUCUGUGUCCAUCCCCUCUGUUCUCUGCUGUGACUUUGAUUCAGGAAGUUUUGUUUUGUUUUUUUAAAUACUAGGAAAAGCAAGUUUUCAAAGUCACGUGAUCAGAUCCCAAAUCCAAGUUCCCAGUCCUAAGGCUUCCUCACCUCCCCAGCCCAUAGGCCAGCAACCCCAGUUCUUCACUUUAGUGACUCUGUGGAUGAGUGAAUUUCACAGAUAGCACAAUUUCAAAAGAAACCGAGGGUAGGGAUCCUCAUCUGUCUUCUUUUGACACGUCAUCCUGUGACGUUGACAUAUCGAUUGCAGGAUGCUGAUGUUGUAUACAUCAGUCACUGGCCACUUGCCCACUUAGAAAUGGUUAGACUUCGGUUCCUGCUUUCUCCUUUGAUAUCCUUGCUCUGUGCCUACUGGGGUUUCCCGUGAGGGUCCAAAGGCACGGUCUGCCACCAGCUGAUGCAAAGUAGCCUUCUGUACAAGAGGUGGGAAGUGAAGGGGGAAGAAUGAAAAAAGGAACCAAACUUUGGUUACUCAAAGUCAGAAGGAGCCAGAGUAGCAGAUGGUCUCUGUCUGAGAGGCUACCCUUCAAGAUAACGGAGCUGAGCUGAUGAGGGUCUUUGUGGGAGUUGCUCUUGCUAAGCGGUGUAAAGCACUAUUGUCUUAGGGUUGACCCUUAGGGCAGUUCUUGGUAGGUUCUGCUGGGCAGAACACAUGGGUUAAAUCUCCGUAGAGAGUUUUCCUCAUCCUCUAUCCAUAAGUGUCCUUCCAAGCAAGGUCCCACUCUAGGUUGUAGACAGGGACUCCUACUGAACCUUUGAGGAAAGGGAGAAGGAAGAAAUGCUUUUAGAUCUUGGAUGCAGACCUUUCAAAGGGCUACAUGUAACCAUAUGGAUCAACCACAUGCACAUCCUUGCUACAGAAUCCGUCCUUUCAUUUCAACUUAUAGCAAGCUAUGAUUUUUAUAUAUAAAUAUUAUAUAAAUAAUGUAUAAAACAUUAAAAGUUAACUAUGUAAAAUAUUAUUUCUGAAACAAUUUUAGCUAUAUCCACUAUGAUUAUAAACUGUGUCUCGACCUGUGUUAUUUACAUUAGCUGCUUAAAAAAGCAUUGAGUUAAUUUUUUUUAAUAUCAACUAAAAUUUCAUAGUUCUGUGGUAGAUAUUGUUUUACAACGAAAGAAAUAACUGCAACUAGAGAAAACUGUAUAAAAACAUUAAAUUGUCAGUAUUUUUGUAAGGUUCCAUUUUGUAAAGAGAAUAAUAUUCAAAGACUUUUGUAGCAUACAAAGUGAAAACUUGUAUCUGCGAAACUAUACUUGUGUUAAAUGUGCUUUUUAAAUAAAAGCUCAUAACAACUGA